ACCUGUUAAAAAAAAAAAUUAAGCCCAGCUUUUCACCAUUCCAUGGGUGAACUUGUUAAAAAAAUGACCGUGGAGGGCAGCAACCGGUGACUGGAAGGGAAGGAGCAUUCCUGCCACAAUGCAUAGUAACCAGCUGGAGUGGACGUCUUUGCCUACAAUGCAAUGAUUGAAAUGGAGCACAUGAACCAGACAGCACUGCUUGAAUCAGGACAAAACAAAAAUCUGAAAAGAAUUUUCUCGGGAAUUCAACCAACUGGGAUUCCUCAUCUGGGGAAUUAUUUUGGUGUCAUCACAAGUUGGGUGAAGCUACAGGAAGAAUGUAAUUCUGUAUUAUACAGCAUUGUGGACCUCCACUCCCUCACUAUACCAAGAGAGCCAGCUGUUCUACGUGAAAAUAUCCUAGACAUCACCGCUGUUCUCCUGGCCUGCGGCAUAAACCCCCAAAAGUGCUUCCUUUUCCAACAGUCCCAGGUGCCUGAACAUGCUCAGCUUGGCUGGAUCUUAGGGUGUUUGAUAGGCAUCCCGCGUCUGGAACAUUUUCCCCAGUGGAAGCUUAAGAAUACCAGCCAGGCCAGCGGAGGAACAGUUGGUCUCUUCACCUAUCCUGUCCUUCAAGCAGCAGAUAUUCUUCUCUACAAGUCAACACAUGUUCCUGUUGGAGAAGAUCAAAUCCUCCACUUGGAGCUGACUCAAGAUACAGCCCGCCACUUCAAUAAGAAAUAUGGGGAGUUCUUUCCAGUGCCCAAAGCCCUUUUAACCACAACAAAAAGGGUGAAGUCCCUCAGAGAUCCCACAUCCAAGAUGUCAAAAUCAGACCCCCAUAAAUUAGCCACGGUGGGCAUCACUGAUAGUCCUGAGGAGAUAAAGCUGAAAUUUCGCAAGGCUGUCACAGACUUUACCUCUGAAGUGACGUAUGAUCCCGAACGCCGCCCUGGAGUCUCCAAUCUUGUGGCCAUUCACUCUGCUGCAACAGGACUCAGCAAAGAGGAAGUGGUACAGCAGAGUACUGGCCUGGAUACGGCCCAUUACAAGGCAGUGGUGGCUGAAGCAGUCAUCGAAAAACUUGCACCAGUUAGGAAUGAGUUCAAGAGACUAAAAGAAGACAGAUCUUACCUGGAGGAGGUUCUAUGGUCGGGAGCAGAAAAAGCCAGAGAACUUGCAACUCCUGUGUAUUGGGAAAUUAAAAGAUUGGUGGGGUUGCACUGAACCCAAGAAAAAGUAGCUGGCAUUUUUCAUUACUUCAGUAUGCACCCAACUGCAUGUUGCAGUCCUCUGUUUUGAGGGUCCAAAAGAGGAUUGGUUGUCAAAUCUUUCCCUCACAUGUAUUAAUUGUAUAGAGCCAGGCUUGGAGACUGCAAAGAGCCAAACUACAUGCAAUACAAGGAAGACCUCUAAGUAGGGUUAGGGUGGAAAGCUGAAUCUCCUCCAAGGGCCAGAUUUCCCACCAGACAGAUGAUUAUGUGGGGUGGGACUUCUGGAAGAAGAAGCCCUAGUGGCUGUGUUUAAUCAUUCCCAGUAUCAUUUGAGUAGAGAAGACAAUUGUAGCUGAUCUAGCUUUGUCCUGCCCUCAAGACAGAUCGGGAGACAGCAAAGCACUGAGAAGUAAGGUUUUUAAAAACUGUCUUGCCAGUCUGAGUGAAGAUGCCAUGAAGCCAACUCAAGUGAAAACUCCUCUUUCAAGACAUUCCAAGCACGUUACGACAACUGUUACUGAGACUUUGUUGCUCCCAGUCUCCAGCACCUUGAAGGAGCAACAGCUUUCCUGAUUGGAAAGACAAGAGUAUAGCAAAGCCCUGAAGGAGCUUUAGGCUGAGGAAGCAUGGUGAAGUGAUGGCUCUUAGCUUAGGGGGAGAGGGAAGUUCAAUCUGGGUUGUGGUCCCAGGGGUCAGAUGGGGAGACUUGACAGUUUGGAGUUUUCCCAUGGGAGUUGAAGAUUCCUUAAUUGCUUCUCUCAUCUUUUCCUUCCCCUUUCCAGUAUGAAAGCUGCCUUAGACAACCUGGGCUUGAGUGACAAAAAUGGUACAUGAUUCCAGUGUGCUGUUGCUCAGAAUAUUCUGCCUUCCUAACACAAGCUUUGAUUGCUGAUCCAUGGCUGAAGAGAGUCUCUCAAUGGCAUUUGCUACUCUUGGAUCCUUAAGUACCAAAUACUUUUUACUCCUCUGUUACAGAGCCCAUGAAGAUAGGAAAUGGCACUUUAUUCUCUAAAAUACACUGUGGGAAAAAGUGGGAAAAGUCAGCCACACAUCUCUGGAUAUUUGGAAAGGGAAUGCUGAGUUUAUAAUUUGUGUUCUUCCUCAGAAUAGAGAGGUUAUUCCUUCUAUUCCAUAAGAUGUGAAUGGCAUUCAUGCGUCUUUCUGUUAGUAUGUUUGCAAGUUUGUUUGAAGAGCAGCUUAACCUAUGGAAAACAGGACAACAUUAUUAUGUUGUGGAAGCUUGGCAGACAGAACAGACUCUGCUUUAUGAUCUUAGAGUUUUUCAUGUGUAGCCAAACUGGUUCUGAAACAGACUUCUUCAAGCUUUUUUGCCUUACGUCACAGUGUGAGCAAAGGACUGCAGCCAGAGCCAGGGUUCCCAAACAGCUGCAUAGCAACUCCAACUUCCUCUUAUUUUGUUUCAUGUUUACUAACUUCACAGAUAGCCCUAAAAACUCCAGGGCCAGUUUUCCAUUGUGAUCCCCUUCCAUUUAGCAUUGUUAAAUCAUAUUCUCGAGAAAAUCCCAGAUGAUGUGGGAGUAGCCAUAAAUGUAUCCGACCUAUGCUUCCUCAUUAGUACUCUAUUCUUUGCAGCCCGCCUCCAAAACUAAUUCUCCUCCAAGGCGGGCAGGCAGUUCCCAGUAUCUGUGUGUAGGCGUUCAUGAGUGCAUAGAAACAUGCACAACCAGCCUUCCCUUGCCCACUCUGUGGAGGGCAUGUUUUUACUGUAUGAUAAUACCCCUGGCAGGCAGGCUGCACGGGGUGGGAGGCGUCCUUCUACACAGCUUCAGUAUUAUCAUGGUUGUGCCCUGUAGCUACACAGCCAGAGUCAGCCAAGAGAGCACUGCCCCAGCCUGACAGCACCUCCUUGCAGCCUGCCAAAGAGCUGAUUGGUGGGUUCCCAGGAGAGUAGGAGGUAAAGGGCAGGAUGCUAGCAUCUUCUGAAUUGCCAUCUGGAAACUGUUUACACGUGGCUGCCUGCUAACCACAGACAGAUUCAGCUCUCUAUGCAGACUCAUCAAAUAGUGCGUUUGAAAACAAACUCAAGCUCUUCAUUUAACCAGUUUAGCUCUUUAGAGGGAUAAAAUUCUAUCUGUUGCUGGCUAACUUGCGCAAAUGUUCACUCUUGUAUGCAGAUGUCUCUGUCCUCAUCAGCCACCACUGGUUUGCUUUUUAAUGUCAAAUCGGAAAGGCCCUAUGAGAUACGCUGCUGCAGAAGAGCACUUGAAAAAAGAAUUCAGUGCUUUUCCUGCGCUGUAUGAUCUUUACAGGUUCUCUUUAAACCCACUGCAUUAACACAUGAAUUCUGCCCAUAAGCGAAUCCGCAUUGAUACAAUGGAAACAACUGUUGUUAUCUCAUUGUAAUGGGAGUGAAAGAUGAAAACAAUUAUAAAACAAUGGCAGCCCUUUG